AUGUGCAUCUUAACAAAUGGAAAUUCUCUGCUUAGCAUAAUUUUUUUCUUGGCUUACAUACACUUAAGAGCACUUAUAUGUAAAGAGGGUAACGUCAAGACUAUCAUUCAGUUGAAAGGAGGCAAUAUUACAAAUGGACGAAAAAUCUUGAGACGUCCACAGCACUUUGUUAAAUAUAAAACAUGUAAUAAAAAGAGCAUAAAAAAGAUAAGAAAUAAAUUGUAUGAAUCGGACAAGGUGGAUCGACCAGAAAGGAAAUUAGAAUGUUAUGAAUUAAAUAUAAGAAAUGAUAAGAAAUUCGAAAAAUAUGCAAAGAAACCAGCAAGUCCUAUGUCAAAUUUAUUUUAUUUUUCUCCUUUCAAAAAUAUAAUAAACAGUUUUGAACCUGUGGAUAUUGAUGUAAAAAAGAAAUUAAGGGAAGAAGGGUUUCAAUAUGAAAAUGAAAAAAGUGAAUCAAAUAUUUUCCCAUCUUUGGAUGAAAUAAUAAGAGAUGGAGAUCCAUCAACUAACAUGCAUUUUUAUAGAAGGAAAAAAUUAAAAAGCAUACUAUAUAGAGACCCAAAUAAAUUUGCUAAUUCAAGAAAAAUUAUUGAAAAUUAUAACAAAAGGGUUCCACCAGAAAAACGGAUCGAUUAUGACUCCUUUAAGUGCGAUAUUUUUUACGUGCACUCUGAUGGAACAAUAAUGAAUAUAGAGGAGGAAAGACCCCCAUACGACAAAAAACUAGAAGAAAGUGAACGAAACAAGGAACCUAGAUUUGUCAUAAUGACACCGCCAAGACACGCUAAGGAACAUAACUUAAAGAUUGGCGAUAAAUUCCCUGUUAUUAACGAAAAACAAAAGAAGAUAUUGUUCGAUAAUCAUUUUGCUAAACCCAAAAAAAUUAGGGACCCAUUAGUACUACCAGAUGGACGAAAAAUUCCAUAA